AUGGAUUAUACACUGGAGCCCAAUGUGACCACAGUAACCGACUACUACUAUCCUGAUGUCAUGGCAAGCCCCUGUGAUGGGGAACUUAUCCAAAGAGAUAGCAAGUUGCUUCUUGCUGUCUUUUACUGUGUCUUGUUUGUAUUUGGUCUUCUGGGAAACAGCCUGGUCAUCCUUGUCCUUGUCGCCUGUAAGAAGCUGAGGAGCAUCACCGACAUAUACCUCUUAAACCUGGCCCUGUCUGACUUGCUUUUUGUCUUCUCCUUCCCCUUCCAAACCUACUAUCAGCUGGACCAGUGGGUGUUUGGGACUGUAUUGUGCAAGGUGGUCUCUGGUUUUUAUUACAUUGGCUUCUUCAGCAGCAUGUUCUUUAUCACCCUCAUGAGUGUGGACAGGUACCUGGCAAUCGUCCAUGCUGUCUAUGCCAUGAAAGUGAGGACAGCCAGGAUGGGCACAGCCCUCAGUCUGGCUGUGUGGCUGAUUGCCAUCAUGGCCACCAGCCCAUUACUAGUACUGUACCAAGUGGCCUCUGAAGAUGGCAUUCUACAGUGUUAUUCAUCUUACAAUCAACAGACUCUGAAGUGGAAGAUCUCCAUCCACUUUGAAAUGAAUAUCUUAGGUCUGUUGAUCCCAUUCACCAUCCUUAUGUUCUGCUACAUUAGCAUCCUGCACCAGCUGAAGAGUUGCCAAAAUCACAACAAGUCCAAGGCCAUCAAGUUGGUGCUCAUUGUGGUGAUUGCAUCUUUACUCUUCUGGGUCCCGUUCAAUGUGGUCCUCUUCCUCACAUCUCUGCUCAACAUGAACAUCUUGGAUGGAUGUGUCCUGAGCCAGCGGCUGAUUUAUGCCACCCAUGUCACAGAAACCAUUUCCUUCACUCACUGCUGUGUGAACCCUGUGAUCUAUGCUUUCAUGGGUGAGAAGUUCAAGAAACACCUCUCAGAAAUAUUCCGGAAGAUUUCCAAUCAUAUUCUCUUCUUCAAAGGAAGACAAAUACCUAGGGAGAGCUGGGAAAGAUCCCCCUCCUCCUGUCAGAAGCCCCCCUGUUCCUCCAGCACAGACUACAUUUUGUGA